AUGGCGACCUUCCAAGAUGCGGUGAUGUCCCCUCGAGUUCAAGAUGUCGUAGAGACGGAGAAGCUGGAAGACUGGCCCAUCGAUGGGGCGCACCCAGAAUGGAAGGGCUUUCUGCAGCAGCAGUUCUCCAAGCAAGCAGCGCUAUUGCAGCAGCUCACGCUGCACCUCCGAGAGGAGACCCAGGCUGGUAUCAAGUUGGAGAACAAGAAGCUUUCGCAAGCAGUGCAGGAGCAGUUUGCCAAGCAGGCGAAGCUUUUACAAGAAGCCAUGAUGAGUGCGAGCGCCUUGCUGUUCGUGCUCCUUGCCGGCCCUGGGCUCGCGGUUCGCCAAAACGGUCGCAAUGAGCCAGAGCUGGAAGUACAUGAAGCCCAACACGAGACGAUCGAGAAGGAGAAGAUCGGAGAUGUCGCCGAGGGCGACUACAGCGAAGAUACUGCAUAUGUUCUUCCGAUGAAGCCUCGCCGACGGCCCGAAGCACGAGCAGAGAUCUUGAUGGAGCUGCAGGAGGAAGGGCCGAGGGACACCUGCCCCCGCAGAAGUGAGGUCUGGUCGCAAACGGGCAGGACCUUGGGCCAAGGUGUCAAUGGGCAGGUCGUUGAGGUCACUGGCUCAGGCCACAGCGGCCCCUAUGCCCUCAAGGUGCCGAGGACCCCGGAAGCAAAAGAUGACGCAGAGCUGGAGGUCGCGGUAAUGAAUUCUGCAUCGAGCCAGCACUGUCAGAACGUCAUGCAUCUGACGGCUGAAAAGCCUUGCGUGAAGGAAGGCUCGGAUGAGAAAGUAAACGCCAAAGCCUACGUUGCGCCGAAGAUGGCUGGGGAUUUGCACAGUUGGGUCCUGUCUGCUAGCUUGCGCGGGAGGACGUUCUGUGCCGAGAGAAUCAUCAAGCAGGUGACCGAUGGCAUGAAUUGCUUGCACAAGGCAGGGUACAUCCAUGGAGACUUGAAUGCUGACAAUAUCUUCUACAAGGAGCUGGACUCGGAGUAUUGCCCGUCUGGGGUGGUCCUGGCGGACUUCGGACUGUCUAGAAGAAUCAACACCUGGAUGCAUCAGUACGCAGAGAAUUUCUACCGCGGCUCCUAUCACCUGCCUUCGAGCCUCUUCGUCGGACACCGCGACACCUUGCAGAUCAAAUCUGCACGCGAUGACAAAGUCUACGUGACGGAGGAAAUUGACAGGUGCCACGGCCAGAACACGAUUAAACUGAAUCGGCUGCUUGCAGUUCUGACAUCUUUUUCAAGAGCCAUGACCCGUGCACUGUACGCAAGCUCCGAUGGACGAGGCAGUGCUGAAAUGUGUUUGUCGGACCCUGGAAUCCAGUUUUCAAUAGGUCGAGGUCGACAUCAGGAGGGGCCGCUUGCCUGGUUGAGUCUGGGCACGGAGCUGGCGAGCCUCCAGGUGCCUUCCUGGCCUUCGGCAAGGCCUGGCGAGAUCGCCCUCAUUGCGGAUGAGCAGGCGGAGCUGAAGACGACGCAGGCUGCCGAAGAAGGCACAGAGCCCGCACAAGAAGGUUCACCGGAGAACGCUCGCGACAACAAGCCUGCUCUGCACAGCUGGAACAGUACUUGGCAGCACGAUGAUGAACAUCCAGAGCCACAGAGCAAAGUUCAAGCUGUGGCUUUGACCAUCGUGCAUUCGGCCUCCUUCACCUACGCCAUCACCUUUCUAAUCUUGGUGAAUAUGGUCAUCCUCGGAAUUGAAGUGGACGUCGCCUCGACACUUCCGCCAUACCAGGAGCCGAGAUGGUUUGGCCUCAUAAAUCUCACCAUCGUUGUCAUUUUUGUCGCUGAGCUCGUCCUGAAGUUCGUGGCCUAUGGCUGCCGGGGCUUCAUUCACGGGCCGGAGCGUUGGUGGAACUUUUUCGAUGUCCUCAUCAUUUCAACAUCCGUGAUGGAGACCAUUAUGGAGUUCGUGACAAUCUGGAUGGCGGCAAUGCAGAUGGACUCCAGCCACCUCCGCGUCAUGCGUUUUGCGCGGAUUGCGAGGGCACUGCGUGGUGUUCGCGCAGUGCGCUUCCUCCGAUUCGUCAGUGCACUGCGGACUCUGGUGUUCUCAAUCCUGAGUACAAUGUGGUCCCUGAUUUGGACGUUGGUGCUGCUUAUCCUUCUUUUCUACUGCUUCGCCGUGAUUUUGACACAGUUGGUCACGGAUCAUUGUCGCUACAACGAGGGCGGCGUGGUGAACUGUUCCCCCGACCUCAUGAGGUUCUGGAAGAGCGUGGCGGAGAGUAUGCUCACUUUGUUCAUCUCGAUCUCCGGCGGCCUUAGCUGGUCUGAAGCGCUUCAGCCAUUGCGGGACGUCUCUGAGAUCGCCUUCCUGUGCAUGGUGGUGUACAUCGUGCUUACAGUCCUAGCGAUAUUGAAUGUCGUAACUGGGGUGUUCUGUAACAACGCCAUUGAGAGUGCCCGCGCGGACAAGGACAUUGCCAUCAUGAAGCAAAUGCAGAAGCAUGCCAAGCAGCUCAAAUCACUUCGUGGUGUGUUUAAAGAGAUCGACAACGACCAAUCGAACCUCGUGAGCCUUCAAGAGCUGAAGGACGCAUUGAAAUCGAAGAAGCUCGCGAGUUUCUUGGAGUCGAUGGACAUCUCUACACAGGAUAUCUGGACGCUGUUUAUGGUCAUGGACUCUGACGGAAGCGGUGAUGUUACGCUGGAAGAGUUUGUGACGGGCUGCAUGCAAUUGCAGGGCCCGGCCCAGAGCAUCCAACUGGCGCGGAUGAGGCACGAAAAUCUCAAGACUCGCGCCGAGAUUCUCCGUGUGGGAGCCGACAUCGGGAACCUCAAAGCGCUCUUCCAUGAGCUUCUGAGGCGGCAGGGGGAGCUGCACCUCUGA